AUGAGAAUACUAUGGAUUUGUCUGGCUUUUGCCAGUGUUGCCUGUGUAACAAGUUUCAACAGUGACGAAGAUGGCUGGUAUGAUGACUACUGGUAUGAAGACAUGUUAGACAAACCCGUUUUCGACGAAAAUGAAAAAGACAUUUCUAAUAUAGCUGUGUCAGAUGAAAAAGACGACGAUGAUUUAAAAAAAGAACUAUCGGAUUUCAUAGACAAGCAAACUAGUAAAACUAAAAGUAUUGUUACCACAGAACAUAACUUUGAAGAAUACCAAUUCGAAGAUAAUAGAUCUGUAGUGAAUGAAGAUACUUUGGACGCUAAAAGUACAAUUUCUGAUCAAAGCGAGAAUGACAAUCAUGCUUUCUUAAAAACAACCUCUGCUGAUUUUAAAAGUAAUACUGAUGCGGUAACAUCGCAAACAAAUAUAACAACUGCAAUUAAUGAAAAUCAUGGUGUUAGUUCUACAGAGAAAGAUUUACAGGGUACUACAAAGAUUUAUAGCGAUGAAGAUAUAAUUGAAGAAACAAAAGCUAUAUUGAAUGAAGACACUGGUAAUGAUUUUGCUGAAAUAAAAUCUGAUACUAAAAUUGAAGAAAAUGAUGAAGAUCUCAAAAAAAUAUUUGAUGAAACUAAUAAAAUAUUAGAUAAUGAUGAUACGGAUUCCAUUGAUGAAGAGUUUAAAGAUAAAAACAGCAAUGAAUCAUUUGAAUACAUAGAUAAGGGUUCACCUGAAACAGCUGAAGAUGAUACUGUAGAUAAAGCUUUUAAUGAUUUAAUGUCAGACUUAGAUAAGCUUAAAGAGACAUGGAACAAAUUAAAAGAUUCUGAUGAUGUAAGCGAAGCUGAUUUUGAUAUUGGUCUUGAUUCUAAAACCAAUAAAUUAUUAUCUUUAGAGGAUGACGAUUAUGAAGAAAUAAAUGACAAUAAUCUUGAAAAAAUAUUUGAAAAUAAUGAAUCUGAUAACGAUGGAAGUUUUGAUGUAGAUGAGAAUGAUGAGGUUAUUGAUAAUCAAAGUCCUGAAGAAUCAGAGUUGAAGCAAACAACUAUAAAACUAAAUGAACCAAUACUUUACCUUAAUGAUGCAUUGAGCGCUAGUGAGGCAGAAAACAAAGAGGAUAACAUUAACGAAGAACUUCUUCGAACAAGUACCACACAUGAAGGAAAAGAAUCUGAAACUCAGGAAACAAUUUUGAAUUCGACAACCGCAAUCGACGCCAAAGAAGAAUUAUCAAGUGCUGAAGUUGAUGAACUAAUGCAAGAUUUUACGGAAAGAUACCAACAAAAAAUGCAGAUAUCUUUGAGCGAUGUGAAAAAGGCAACACAAAUCCAACUUAAUGUAGACACACCUGUUGUGAUAACAUCUCCAGGGUUUCCUGAGCCUUAUCCUACAAACCAGACCACCGACUGGAUGUUCACCGGUAAUGGUAUGGGGAUAGAAUUAAAUAUAACCGAAUUCGCCGUCAAUGGUCACGUUGGUGAUUAUCUUCUUGUAAAACCAGGUGGCGUCGAUGAAUCUGGCUCUACUGGCCUCCUCUUCUCCUACCGACUGAAUUCUCCAAGACGUUAUAGAUUCCUUGAUGUUGACCAAAUGUUUAUGCGUUUCGAAGCUAAACAAGGAAUGCAGGUUCUGAGAGGUUUUAACAUAAGUGCAAGGAUGGUCGUUCCAAGACUUGGAGCUCCAGUACCUGAGCCAGAACCAGAACCUGUGAUACCUGUACCACCAGCGACUAUCACUCUCAACCUUGCAGGUCUAACCUUAGAUGAGUUUAUUCGCAUCGAGGAAAGUUUCCGUGAAAUUAUUGCUGACAUGGCCACCAUGUACAUCAACAGGAAUGGCAUUAAUCCUGGAAUAAACACUACGUUAGAAAUGACGCAAAUCACUAGUAAAGCACUUUGCUACCACAACUGGCCUAAAUUUGAGCGUUGCGCUGAAGUAAGGUUCGGAAUACCGCUCGUCUACGAAAAUGUAACGGAAGAAGAAGAAGCCAGACUGAAUGAGAACGAUUUGAGAGAGAUGUGGGAUUUCUACUCGAAACGGGAUCCUUUUGUUGUAAGGCUCAGGAUGUUGGGAAUAACGGAAUACCAAGUGCCCAACGAACGUGGAGUGCUCACAGUGUGGCUGGUGAUCGCGGGAGGAGUUGUCAUCUCUAUGAGCAUGCUGGCCUUCGCAUUGUGGAGGUUUAGCUGCUUUGCAACCUAUACUAGAAUGCCAUCAUUUAACGACACAGACAGCUUGCACGAGAAACGCAAGUUGGACUUAUACCCGACGCCGCACCAGACCCUGCCGCCUCUCUACUCCGAAACAGACUACAAGUGGGCAGAUUCUAAAUAUGAUGAUAGUACUAAAGUGGACGUAGGUGGCUACUCCAAUAAAAGCUACAUGCACAAUGACCUCUUUAAUAUCGAUUCAGACGAGGAAGUCUUGCCUGCUCGUGACAGAAGUUCCGGUAUCUCUCCGCGUGACAUUUACAGUGUA